AUUCGAAUACAAAUCCAAAAAAAAACUCAAUCAUCAUGAAAUUCAUUUUGGCUUUCGUUGCUCUCUUCGCUUUGGUUGCUCUUUCAACCGCCUUCCCCGAACCCAGUGCAGAGCCAGAACCAACACCAAUGGCUGCGGCUGAUCCAGCCGCCGUUGCUGGACGUGGGUCAUCUGGUGGAUCGUGUGGAUCAUCUUCUGGAUCGUGCGGUUCGUGUGGAUCAUCAAGCGGAAUUCCAGUUGCCGUUGUGUGCUGUGAAACUUCAUCAUGUGGGCGUAGACGACGACGUAGAUCAUCGCGCGGAUCGUCAUCGUGCGGAUCCUCAUCGUGCGGAUCGUCAUCGUGCGGAUCGUCAUCGGGCGGAUCGUCAUCAUGCUGCUGCUAAUCACUUGAAGAAAUACCGACCUUUGACAAUAGAACAAUGGCUUGGAC